UUAAUCAGCUGUUUAUUUCACCAUUUCGUUGAAUCUUUUGUGAAGGAUUUAGAACCAAAAAUACGUAAACAAAAAUCAGUUACUUUGGGAAAAUAAGAAGCAAGGAUAACUCAAAAUCUCAGCGGUGAGCCGGAGACCAAGUGCCAAGUGCUCCGAGUUGGAAUCGCACGGAGAGGAUUCAACCUGGUGACCCAUCCGGCCGCAGCAGCUGCUCCAUCCGCACUUGAAACCCAGUGCCAUGACGGAAGUCAACACAAGGAGAUGGGCUGUGCUGGCUGCCGGAGUGGGAUUGGUUUACGUUCUGGUGAGGCACAGGCAGUCUCUGCUGGGUCCCCUGCGAAAGGUGUGGUCCUUUGGCAAUCCGCUGCCCCGACGUCACAUAGAAGUGGUCAACUCCGUCCAUGAUCCUGCCACGCAAUGGGUUUUGAAUGAACUAAAGAACCACUGCCAGACUUUCAAAGUCCUCGGAUUCGAUUGCGAAUGGAUAACCGUUGGAGGCAGCCGGCGACCAGUGGCACUGCUUCAACUCAGUUCCCAUCGGGGAUUAUGCGCCCUGUUCCGCCUCUGCCACAUGAAGCAAAUACCCAAGGACCUGCGGGAGUUACUCGAAGACGAUGCAGUGAUUAAGGUGGGCGUUGCACCGCAGGAGGAUGCUAUGAAGCUAUCCCACGACUACGGAGUGGGCGUGGCCAGCACUCUGGACCUGCGCUUCCUGUGCGUUAUGGCGGGUCAUAAGCCCGAGGGACUGGGCAAGCUGUCCCAGACACACCUGAACUAUAAACUGGACAAGCACUGGCGCCUGGUCUGCUCCAACUGGGAGGCCAAGGAGCUGGAGCCAAAACAGCUAAACUAUGCUGCCAAUGAUGCCCUGGUGGCGGUGGCCAUUUACCAGAAGCUAGCCAGGGAUCUGGAACCCAAAUACUUCUGGCAACGGCGGUCACUGAACGAUGAUAGCCUGCGCAACAAAUUCGAACCCUUUCUGGACGUGGACUUCACCAAGGGCUUCUCACUCAGCCUGACCGGAAGCGGAGUCACUCGCUCAAAGAGUUGUGGACCAACCAAAAGCAAGAAAUGGCUGCCAAAGAAGCAACCGUUCCGGCAAAUGGCCACGCGAUCUAAGGACUUCUACGACAACUGCCUCCUCCAGGCGCCCGAUGGCGAACUCCUGUGCACCAUUGACCGACGAAAAGCCUCCUGGUACCUCACUCAAAACUUGGGCACUCAAAUCACCGAGGAGCCUUUCACCGUUCGCCUUAAUUUCGAACCAGCGGGUCGAGCGGUGGGCGAUGUGGGUCGCUACUACCAGACGCCCAAGGAAAACCAGUGCGUAGUGUGCGGCGAUCGAGAUGCCUACAUCCGGAAGAACGUAGUGCCUCGGGAGUACAGAAAGCAUUUUCCGAUGGUCAUGAAGUCUCAUUCCUCCCACGACGUGCUGCUCCUUUGUCCCAACUGCCACCAGAUGAGUAACAUCUCCGAUCUUCGGGUGCGGACCAAACUGGCCGACCAGUGCGAAGCGCCUUUCAAGCAUGGAGAUGGAUCCGUCAAGUACCGCGAUGAUAUGGAGCUGAAACGUGUUCAAUCCGCGGGCAAGGCGCUGCUAUACCAUGGCGCUAAGAUACCGGCUGCUAAGGUGGCUGAAAUGCAGCGAACCCUCCUCGACUUCUACACCGACCAAACGGAGGUCACGGAGGAUCUUCUACGACAGGCUGCCAGCACGGAAUACCGAGUGGAGAACUCCGGUUACUGCCAGCACGGGGAGCGAGUGGUGCAACAGUACCGCGACAAGUUCGGAGGCCUCGUGGAGCUGGAGCGACUGUGGCGGGAGCACUUCCUGCACGCCAUGCAGCCCCGCUUCCUGCCAGAACUCUGGAACGUCAACCACAACGCCGACCGGCUGGAGGUGCGGGCGAGCGAGGGACGCGUGGAUGAAGCAGAUCUUCUGGUGGCCGGAUUGGAUGCGAAGGUUAAAGUCAUAUGAUGCAAGGCCUUUCUGAGUUUGCCGCCGGCUUUGUACGUUAUAUAUUUCAUUUUCAAUAAAAAUAAACUAAAAUUUGA